AUGGCAGAGGAUGAACUUGCCGCUUUUAGGGAGCACUGGAGACAGGAAUUGACCAGUGAGAAGGAAAAACAUGACAUUGUCCAGCCUGGUUCAGCCGGGGACUUCAGACUAAAAGACUCAAAAAAGCGCUAUUUUGAAGAGAAUGAUGAUCACGCUAAAGUAAAGGAAGAUAUCAAGCCUGAAUAUGAGGAUCAGCCUGGGUAUGUUUCCAUCGCGAGCAGUUUACUGGAUGGACGAACGAGCCCCCUGCUGGAUAGAAUAGAGGAGGAGAGGGUUAAAAGGAAAAAACAAAGUGAGAGUUUGACAGGCACAGCAUCAACAUCAUCAUCUCUGCAACAACACCAGGUGCUGCACAAGAAAGACAAAAGCCAACUGGUGGAUCAACUCAUCCAAGAUCUGAAUGAAGUUAAUGACAUUCCAUUUUUUGAUAUAGACUUGCCUUAUGAGUUGGCAUUGAAGAUUUUUCAGUAUCUCAACUGCAUAGAGCUUAGUCGAUGUGCUCAGGUGAGCAGGGCCUGGAGAGUCCUUGCAGAGGAUGGAGUUCUUUGGUUCCGGUUGUGUACAAGAGCGGGCUUUCAUGGAGAUGCCAGUGUGUCAGACUCCCCCUGCUGGAAAAGCACACUACGGGACUGCAGGACGUCAGCCAAGACUGUGUGCUCCAACUGGAAGAAUCGCGUGGGAUCCAUCAGCCAGCUGCAGUUUGAACUUGGGAAGGUGCUGUGUGAUGUCAACUCUUGUGAAAACUUUGUCUUUGCAGGAUACACUUCUGGAGACAUAAGGCUGUGGGACACGCUCCACUGGGACUCAGGCACCUCCUAUCUGAAACCAAACAGUCUGUCUGCCAACACUGAGCCACGGCCGCAUGUUGGACUGGUGCAGGUUAAUAGAACUGUGGCUGCAGCUGCGUACCAAGAUGGCUGUGUGGAUGUGUGGAGCACAGAGACAGGAGGCCAGCCUAUCCACCACUACCAGGGCUCUGAGGGGAUCCGGACCUUGGCAUUGAGCCCCGAUGCCCCGAUCCUGGGCUCCUCCUCUGGGAUGGACAUACGCCUCGACCGGCCUGAUGACUGUGGCUACUGGAGGACAGUGUGCCGGGCUCACCUCUCAAAGACUGUGGAGAGCUUAGUCGUGUUGCCAGGUAAAGAGCAGCCUGGGCCAGUGGCGGUUGCUGCUGCUGGGGACAGUGUUUAUUUGCUGGAUCAGACAGAGGACCCUCAUGCUCUACACUGUGUCUAUGGUCAUCCGGUCACCUGCCUGGACGCAUCCCAGACCCAGGUGGCUUUUGGUGUGAGGCGCAGUGGCUGGGCUAUGCAUGAUGGAGGCAAUAAGAUCCACGUUUACAAUCUGGAGACGCGCAAAGCAGAAGUUUGCCUGGGCAGCUCGGUGGGAGAUUUCACCUGCAUCAACUUGAGAGACAGUCCACCUCACCUUGUUGUGUGCGGCAACAAAGACAGACGAGUGCGGGUGUUUGACCUGCGCGCCAGAGCCUCUGUGGUGUCGCUGUACGCACAUCACCUGGGUGUCACCGCGGUGCAGACGGACGAGUGGAAGAUCGUGAGCGGGGGAGGGGAGGGGCUGGUGUGUGUGUGGGACCUGAGGAUGGGGGCCAAGCUGUGGGAGAUGCACAACAGGCACCCUGUGAGGCACAUAUGUUUCCGUGGCAGCAGACUUGUAACGGCCAACAUCCCAGACGACAAGGCUCCGAGAGGCGCAUGCAUCACAGACGAUGACCUCACCGCUCACCGCAGACACCGAGGAGUGAUCUGCCACUACGACUUCUCAGAGGAGGCUUUGUCCCAGGACCACGUUCUGCCCAUCUGCCGCUCCGACUACAUGGAGUCCACAGGAUACAACUACAACAUCGGCCUGACCGUGCCGUACGACAGACUGAGCGGAUCGCAGCCACCACUUUGA